AUGGGCUUCUUCGCUGGCUUCUUCAGCGGCUUCGCCCUCACCACCUCCGUCCUGUACAUCUCCCUCCAAGUACACAAAGCCAAUCGCCUGGAACAGCGCAAUGCCAUUCGCGAACAAACCCGCGCUCUGAACUGGUUGGCCUCAUCGGCAGGCGCAUACGAUCGUCGCUUAUUGCCUCAAGAGACUCAGAAGCGUCCGGGUGAGGAAGAAGACCGGAAGACGAAACCCGUCUUGAAGGACUUCUUGAAACAUCGCUGGAACCAAGAGGUGGAGACGUUGGCGAGGAAGGCGUAUGAGAGUCGGUGGGAGGAUGCGCGGGAUACGGCUGUGGAGGGGUGGAAGACGGUGGUACGGUUGGUGAAGAAGGAGUAA